AUGGUGUAUCCCCCUGGGGGCCCCCCUACCUUCUCGGAGGCCCUAGGGUCUUGUCUUGAGUACCAUGGAGGUUCCUUAGAAUUAAAUAUGUCCUUAGCUAUGUUAUGCGUAGAUGCAUGCGCAUCUAGUCGGGAUAAUUCGCGUUAUCUCCUGCAAGAAGCAGCGAGUAAAUUAAGACAAGGAACUGAUCCAGAGGGAAUGUAUAGAGCUCUAGAGUUGGUGGAGAUAUGCGUAAAGAAUAACGGCAUUGAUUUUGCUCGUCAUAUGGAUGAUUAUUUCUUGAGGCCCUUCGUCCAUCCUGGCGUCGCAACAGACCCGCGAAUCCAUAAAUUGAAAAGGAAGGUCUUAUUUAUGUUCCAACUAUGGCAUGAUUCUUUCGUCCUACACCAGGACAGAUGCCCCGCCAUCUUUGCCAUGUACCGCAAGCUAAGGAGCAAGGGUGUGGAGUUCCCUCAAGUCGAUCGAUCGCAGAAAUUCCUUGUGAAGAAUGCAGAGGCAAGGGGACAAAUAAAUAGACAAAAGGGGACACAAAGGGAGAAUAUUCCUGUUGAGCAAUUGGUUAGCAACAUUCGUCGUUCUUUAGCAGUAUUGGGGUGUCUUGAUCUAGCUGCAGAUGUAGAUAAAAUAUUAGCAAAAGGGGAGCCUAAACCCUUACCUCCUGCUGCUCCUGCUGCUCCUGCUGCUCCUGCUGCUGCUCCUGCUGCAGCAGGUGCAGCAGGUGCAGCAGGUGCAGCAGGAGCAGCAGCAGGCAGGGGGACACAGAAGCAACAGCAAGAACCUAUCUCUCUUCUUGAUCUUACAUUAGGAGACACAGAUAAUCAGGGGGCCCCUGGGGCCCCUACACAAACCAUUGGGGGGCCCCCUACGCAGACCCUUAUGGGGCCCCCAAUACAUAUGCUUGGGGGGCCCCUUGGGGGGGCCCCCAAACAAAGUACUAAUACCCAUACUCCUCCUCAAUACUUUGGGGGCCCCACACCUCUUCUUCCUCCUCCUCCUAACUUCCAACCAGCAGCAACAGCAGCAGCAGCAACAACAACAGCAGCAACCGCAGCAACAUUACUCCCAGCGCCUCCUCCUCCUCCUGCAGCAGCAGCAGCAGCAGCACCUGCUCCUGCUGCUGCUGCUGCUGCUGUACCUGCUGAUGAUCCAUGGGCAGCAUUUAGCGGUUUGUCUCCUGGUGGUAAUUUGUCUCUUUCUUCUGUCUCUGGUGAUUCUCCUUCUCCCCCUAAGGUACAACCAGAGAACCCCUGCAGCAGCAGCAGCAGCAGCAGCAGCAGCAGCAGCAGCAGUAGCAGCAGCAGCACCCCUGCAUGGGCCAACAUGCAGACAGGGACCUCUACCUCUCCUGUUAUGGCUAUGGGGGGACAGCUGCUGUCUCCUCGCCAUAGCGGGGGUCUUCCUUAUCCAGGGGCCCCAACAGCAGCAGCAGCAGCAGCAACACAAGCACCAGCAGCAGCAGCACAAGCACCUACAACAGCAGCAGCGGUACCAGUACCAGCAGCAGCAGCAGCAGCAGGGGCCCCCAUGGGGUGGAACUUUUCCCCAUCAUCAUCAAGCUCAAUAGGCACACCUUGGCAAGCCAACAGUUCCUUUGGAGACUUUGUUGCUGCUUCCCCUCAACAGGGGGCCCCCAUGCAGCAGCAGCAGCAGCAGCAGCAGCAACAGCAGCAGCAGCAGCAGCAGGGGGCCCCCCUCAGUCCCCCAGGGGCCCCCUGGGGGGCCUUCCCCCUUUACGGGAAUCGGCUUGCCCUCAUGGGGCCCCCAGCACCUCGCUCCUUAGAGGAGGACCCUUUUGCUGACUGUGGCCCCACACCGCAGCAGCUGCAGCAGCAGCAGGAGGAGCAACAGAGACGGCAGCAGCAGGAAGAACAGCGACGGCAGCAACAAGAGCAGCAGCAACAGCAAAUGCAGCAGCAGCAGCAGCAGCAGCAGCAGCAAGCAAGCGAACAGGCGGCACCCUUUACUGCUGCUGCAGCACGGGGGCCCGCCUCAAGUUUACUUAACGGCAGUGGGCAGCCCUGGCCGGAGCAGCAGCAGCAGCAGCAGCAGCAGCAGGAACGACCUGUCCCUUCUUUUGCUGCAUGCAGUCCCUUCAGUGGUGUGUCUGCUAAGACAGGAAGCAGUUGUGUGUCUCCUGCUGGCAGCAACUCAAGGGCCAUAUCUCCUCGCCACCCUGUUGCUGCUGCAGCAGCAGCAGCAGCACCACCUGCUGCUGCACCACCUGCUGCUGCUGCUGCUUGGCCUGAUGGGGAAGGUGCAGCAGCAAGGGAAGAAGGAAAGGGAAGAGACACAAGUAAUAAGGGGACAAUGUCCCUUAAUAGUCUUAUUAAACCCUUCCCUGAGCAGCAGCAGCAGCAGCAGCAGCAGCAGCAGCAGCAGCGGCAAACAUCAGGGCCCAUGUGGCCUGGAGACACAGACGACACCCAGAAGAAACAGCAGCAGCAACAGCAACAGCAGCAGCAGCAGCAUGCAUGGCCAGGUGGAGGUGACGAAGUAUUAGAUGGCCGACGCUUCUCCCUUGGGACCCCUAGAGAUAGGGGGGCCCCCCUAAACCCUGCUGCUGCUGGUGCUGGUGCUGCUGCUGCUGCUCCUUCUAUGACAGCAGCAAGACAAAGCCCGCGGUCUUUACAGCAGCAGCAGCAAAGAGAACAACAAUCACAUACAUUUAGUACCAACAAAGAUAUAACAAACAAAGAAAUGGUGGGGGGCCCCCAGACUGCUACAGUAGCAGCAGCAACAGCAGCAGCAGCAGCAACAGCAGCUGCAGCAGCAGCAGCACCCUUCUGGGGACCUGAGAGUACUACGGAACCUUCAAAUCGCUCCCCGUCAAUUGGAGACAACACGAGUUCUCAAAUAGGUCCAUUGGGGGCCCCUCAGGGGGCCCCACAGGGUGGCCCGCUUGGGGGCCCCCUAGGGGGGGCCCCCCAGGGGGCCCUCCCUCAAGGGGCCUCCGAUGGGGACCUGCUGGAUCGUGUCUUUGAGCAACUUGAUGAAAUGACAUUGAAUGUAAAUCUAUCAGAGUUAUAA